UUAUUAUUUUAUUAUAUUAGACAAUUGUCUCUCUCUUCCUCCACGGCCACGCACACACGCAUUCAACACCAUUGAUUGAUCAUUUCUCUUUCUAGGCUAAAUUCUAUCGGAGCAAUUUACAAUUGGCACCAAAUAUAUACAUACACAUAUAGAUACAAGCUAAUAACCUGUAAUUUGCUGAUUCAUGGGUUGCUCUUCGUCAGUUCCAGAUAGAAGUGCUGGGCGGAUCGGUGGUAUUAAUCCGGAUAACGGUGGCGUAGUUGAUGCGAAGAACCUUAAAGUUAAGUUGGUCCUGUUAGGUGAUUCAGGUGUUGGAAAAAGUUGCAUCGUUCUUCGAUUUGUCCGUGGUCAGUUUGAUCCAACAUCCAAGGUUACUGUUGGAGCAUCUUUCUUGUCUCAGACGAUAGCCUUGCAAGAUUCUUCUACAGUGAAAUUUGAAAUAUGGGAUACGGCAGGUCAAGAAAGAUACGCAGCUCUGGCACCGUUAUAUUAUCGAGGCGCUGCAGUUGCAGUUGUUGUGUACGAUAUAACUAGUCCCGAAUCCUUCUCUAAGGCACAAUAUUGGGUCAAGGAAUUACAAAAGCAUGGGAGUCCGGAUAUAGUUAUGGCUUUGGUUGGGAACAAAGCUGAUCUCCACGAAAGACGAGAAGUACCUGCUCAAGAUGGAAUUGACUACGCGGAAAAAAACGGAAUGUUCUUUAUAGAGACUUCUGCAAAGACAGCAGACAACAUAAAUCAGCUCUUUGAGGAAAUUGCCAAGAGGCUACCGCGCCCAUCUCCUUCGUGAUUGCCAAAACACUGGAAAUCGAGUUAUUUGUAACGGCAGGUAGCUAUUUAUAUAUGCCUGCAUUUAAAUGUAUAUUCUAAUUGUGUGACAUUGUAGUUGUGUACUUGAUCCUGUUAAGGAAGACAAUUGAUAAGCAUACAACUUCAUAUAUGUUAUUACAUUACACAACUUAAGUUUGUUUAAGUUUCCAAAUUUGUCCGAAACUCCCUAAGGAGUGUGCUUUGUUAUUGAUUGAUCUCAAAACAGUUUGGCUAAUCGACACGUGUGUUAAAUUUUGGACGAAGCUAUUUGUUUUGAUGCAACUUG